AUGCAGGCUGCAGGAUGGCGUGACAAGGGCGUCGCCUUCGAAGUGGUUGCUUCUGAUUCUGUGUCCUGCGAAGGAAGGAACUGGCUAAGUCAGCCAGCAGGUACUAAGGGGAAGUUUAGGCAUGACAUGGGAACUGAGAAGGAGACAGUCGCAAGAAGGCGGCACAGAAUGAAGACAAACACCUGGGUUUGCUCAGCUUUGGGGCUGCUGCUCGCAACCCUCAGUCUUCUAUGUCUUUUGACCACUCAGGUGACUGGAGCAGAGUUGACACAUGAGCAGCUGUUCAAGUUUGCUCCAUUGCCCGAUGGGGCGCUCCCCGAUGAGCACGUUUACACACCAGGCGUCCGAGAAUGCAUCUUCCAGAUCAUCCGGAAGAACUUACUGACCAUGUCCCUCAAAGAUGAGCGCAUCAAUGCCAAGUUCUUGCGGCUGAUAUUCCACGACUGCGCUGCUGGCGGCUGCAACGGGUCCAUCAUGCGGACAGAGGAGCACAAUGGAACGGCAAACGAGUUUCUUACUGGGUUUGACGAGGUCCGUAUGGUCAAAGCUGCAAUUGAUACCUCGUGCAACGUCAGCAUCUCGCUUGCUGAUACGAUCAUUGCUGGGGGAGUGGAAGGAGUGAAGGAGACGGGUGGCCCUGACAUCACGGCCUACGUCAGGUUCGGCAGGCGGGAUACAGACGACCGAGACGAUCCCAACAAACUGCCGCUUCCGUUCGUCUCGACGGACGAGCUGGUCAGAGUUUUCGCUCCUCUCGGGCUCAACGUGGAGGACCUUGUGGCGCUUUCUGGGGCCCAUACCAUCGGCAAAGCCACGUGCAAGAACAUCGUCGCCAGGCUGGGAACCGAUCCAACAGCCGACCCCGCUUUCCUGUUCAGCCUUCUGCCUAGAUGCACAGCCCUGGCCACGCAGCAGCUCGAUCUGGACGCCAAAACCCCUGAGGUCUUCGACAAGUACUACUUCCAGGGCCUGAAGGAAAAGAAGGCGAUGUUGCAGACCGAUCAAGAGCUCUACGAGAGCGAGGCAACGCAUCCGUACGUCUUGGAAUACGUGGCCAACCAAACAAUGUUCUUUCGGCGGUUCCAGGCCAGCCUCCUCAGGCUUAGCAUGGUCGGGAUCAUGCCCGAUCGCUUGUCGCCUCCGAUCGAGCAUCGUGACGACAUCAACUUCACCGUUCCAAUCGAGGCAUCCUUCACCCUCUUCCGGCCGUCAGCGCUCGUUCGCAACAACAUCUACACGUUGCAGGCGGAGCUCAACCAGCAGUUGGCCACACCCAACACCUCGGCUGUCGUCACGUCUGUCCUGGACGACGUCUCCGUUCCGGGCCAGUCGGUGGUUCGCUUCUGGAUCGUUCCGCUUCCGCUGUACCACAAGCGGAGCGGCAUCCCGUACGACGAGCUGAUAACCGUUCUUGCUGGACUCAACCAGACCGCAGUCGACCCAAGCAAGCUUCAGCUAGACGACACCUUUUUUGGUCCGCCGCAGAACUUCCAGGUCGUCUCUUUCCCGAUCAACACCACUUUCCCAGUUUCCUCGGGAGGUCCUGACGUGAGCGCCUACGUCACGGAGCCCCUCGACUUCGCAAACUUCACCCUGCAAAGGAGGCCCGCCUCACAGCGGGAUCUCUUCGCUUCCCAAAUAAGCGCCGCGCUCCGCGUGCGGCCGAGCGAAUCUUUAUCAGUCUCCCUCCAAAGCCCGUCUGAAGUUCAGACGGUUGUAACGCUGUCCGUCAGGCAGACUGGCAGCGUCGAUUUUGUAGCAGCGAGAGUAGCGGAGUUGCAAAGCGCAGCCGCAGCGGCUCUAGAUCGGGGCCUUCUUUUCAGCCCCGCCAUUUUCGGUUUUGCGGAAGGCAGUCAAGCGGCUCGCGACGCGGAGCAACCGCCGACCGUGGCACCGGGACCAAUUGCUAGCAUUGCUAGCAUUGCUAGCCCCUCUCAGGCUAGCAAUGCCACAUCAGCCGAGGGAGACGACACGUCAGCGGAGGAAGAGGACACGUCAGCGCUGCGUGACGUGGCGUCCGAGAAGCACUCGGGGGUCAAGGAAGUCAACUUUACGUUUGGUAUCAUGGCUGUUCUCGUGGGGCUGGGUGGCGCGGCCGCGUUUGUGCUCCACUGGCGCGCGACGCGGGCGGCCGCGCAGAAGAAGCAACCGGAGGAGUCCGGCGAAGGCGAGCAAGAGCCGCUGCGGAGAGAAAUGGAUGACUUGUCAAAAACCAGGUCGACUUAGGGGCUCGUUAUACUCAAGCACGCUGGUCAUAGAAGGACGCUCGUACGGUCCCAUUCAGUCAAGUGCAACUCGACUGCCUCGACGUUACACAUUUGGAUUAAUAGAGCAUUGCGGAACGCCGCGGAUCAGAUUGCAGUUCAAUUUUCAGAUCGAGCGUGAUUACGAGAUGCCACGAUAAUCAGACAGCUACUCAGGACAUUCCUGUGAUGUAUUCUACAGUAGACAGUCUUCUGACGGAAAUAGACGGCGCUUACUUCGGCAGUCUGGUACGCAUCCAAGCCAGCCUGAGUCGAACGUUUCGGAGACUGAGAACUUUCAUUUGGAAAGAGCUCAUUGUAAGCAAGUGUCAAACUUAAGCCUGCAUCAGCCUUUGAUUUGGACAUCAGCACACAUAUGCUGCCCGGAAGCUACUGGUUACUUCUCAGUAUUCAUGAUCAUUUUGAAAGGAGA